AGAAGGCUUGUCAAUCAAAUCUCGCGAGAGAGGACGGAAGCCUGUGGGAGCCCGUGGCCUUUAAAGUCGAUUCAGCCCUUUCCUCCGGGGCUAGUUUGUAAACACGGCUGGGCUCCGGGCUCCCGGGGGGAGGAAAGGACCAUGAAUUAGUGACCUGGAAAGAGACACUAGAUGGCAACUUGGGAAGUGCUGCUUGCUUAGCAAGAGCUUAGGGAUUCCUGUCAACAGAGUAAAGCUCAUGGCCUGCCAGCUACAAAGUAUCUUUGCCAUGAAACAGAGGACAUGAUAAGCUGUUUAACUUAAUGAAAUUCAAGUUACAUGUGAAUUCUGCCAGGUAAUACAAGGACCUGUGGAAUAUGAGUGAUGACAAACCUUUUCUAUGCACUGCCCCUGGGUGUGGCCAGCGUUUUACCAACGAGGAUCAUUUGGCUGUCCAUAAACAUAAACAUGAGAUGACACUGAAAUUUGGUCCAGCACGUAAUGACAGUGUCAUUGUGGCUGAUCAGACACCAACACCAACAAGAUUCCUAAAAAACUGUGAAGAAGUGGGUCUGUUUAAUGAGUUGGCAAGUCCAUUUGAAAAUGAAUUCAAGAAGGCUUCAGAAGAUGACAUUAAAAAAAUGCCUUUAGAUUUGUCCCCUCUUGCAACUCCCAUCAUAAGAAGCAAAAUCGAGGAACCUUCUGUUGUAGAAACAACUCACCAGGACAGUCCUUUACCUCACCCUGAGUCUACCACCAGUGAUGAAAAGCUUGUUCGGCCAGUCACCAUGGUGCCUAGUGUUCCAGGAAUUCCAGGCCCUUCCUCCCCGCAGCCAGUGCAGUCAGAAGCAAAAAUGAGAUUAAAAGCUGCUUUGACCCAGCAACAUCCUCCAGUUGCCAACGGUGAUACUGUAAAAGGCCAUGGCAGUGGAUUGGUUAGGACUCAGUCAGAAGAAUCUCGUCAGCAGUCCUUACAGCAGCCAGCCACCUCCACUACAGAAACUCCGGCUUCUCCGGCUCAUACAACUCCACAGACCCAAAAUACAAGUGGCCGUCGAAGGAGAGCAGCUAAUGAAGAUCCUGAUGAGAAAAGGAGAAAGUUUCUAGAACGAAACAGAGCAGCAGCUUCAAGAUGCCGACAAAAAAGGAAAGUCUGGGUUCAGUCGUUAGAGAAGAAAGCAGAAGACUUGAGUUCACUAAAUGGCCAGCUCCAGAGCGAAGUCACCCUGCUGAGAAAUGAAGUGGCACAGCUGAAACAGCUUCUUCUGGCUCAUAAAGAUUGCCCUGUAACCGCCAUGCAGAAGAAGUCUGGCUAUCACACUGCUGAUAAAGAUGACAGUUCAGAGGAUCUUUCCGUGCCAAGCAGCCCACAUACAGAAGCAAUCCAGCACAGCUCUGUCAGCACAUCCAAUGGAGUCAGCUCGACGUCAAAGGCAGAAGCUGUGGCCACGUCAGUCCUUACCCAGAUGGCGGACCAGAGCACAGAGCCUGCACUUUCCCAGAUGGUCAUGGCUCCUUCUUCCCAGCCACAGCCCUCAGGAAGUUGAUUAAAGACCCUCAGUGCAGCAGUUUUAGAUACUGAUUAGUGACUUCAAAGGGAAAUCAAGGAAAGACCAGUUUGCAUUUAUUCGAAAUCUGUGGUUGUAAAUUUUUUUCUUUUCUUUUUUUUUUUUCUUUUUUAACUUGAAGUUAUAUUUGGCUCUAGAGUUGGUGUAGCAGAUGAUCAGACUGAACAAGUUCUUAGUCUCUGGAAGACUGAUUCUGCUUUUUUUUUUUUAUAAAUGUUAGAUUUAUUAAUUUUUCUGUGCUUGAUGUGUAAAUUGUAUCAUAAUCCAUUGUGGUUUACUUCACUUUGGUUUAGCGGUGUUUUAAUAAAUGGAGGUGUUAACUGAAUCACUCUCCCCACCUCCAUUUCUUUGCCCACCCCUUCCUUCACCCUGAGCUGUGAUGGUAGUCUUGUUAUCAUUUAUACCAAAGUUUUGCAGAGUCCCUAUUGACUUUGUGAUAUGAACAAAGUUGUAAGGCACUAGGGAAGAAAAGACAAAAAGUUCCUUUUAAUCUUUUUGCCUUUUAUUUUGCACAUUAUGCAAAAGGAAGACUAUUAGAAACACUUUUUUUUAAGUGAAUGAAAGUAUGGUAAGACUUUAGUGCUUCACGCACGUUCUUAUACUAAUCAAAGUCAUUCACCACCUGCAAUGGUUUUAAGACUAAGUAGACAAAAAUUUUGGAAUCUUGAGCAUUUCAAAAAUGACUUGAUUUUUUAAGUCUUAAAUUCAGUAUUUUAAACCUGUGUUCUUGAGGCUGAAAACUAUGAAAUUAUAUAAUGUAUGAUACAGGGUUAUCAGAUGUCUAGUAAUUUUUAAAAUUUGCUCUUGUCAUUUUGGGGUUUUUGUUUGGUUUCUGUUGUUGAAUGUGUGUGUGUUUUUUCUUUUUUUGUUUUGUUUUGUUUUGCAGAUUUCAGGUAACAAAGUGAGAAGUUUAUGCAUAAUGAAGUAUGAUGUGGUUGCCAGAAAAGCCUAAAAUUAUGACUUAGAAAUUUAAGACUGUUUCCCCCAUUGUCGUACUUGUACUUGCGAGCUAACUUGUACCUAUUCUUGUGAAAGCACUGUCAUCUUUUAGUAGCCAAUUUUGAUAAUGUUUCUCGUGGAAAAAAAUCAGUAUCUAUCUUUAGAACAAUGUAAUUAUAAUGUGGGAAUGUGAGUGAGAGAAUGAGUGUAUGUGUGUGUAUGUGCGUAUGUGUGUGCAUCUUCCAAUAGUUUAUGCCAGCGAUCUUUGCUUGAAUGUUUAACGAUGCCUUCGGUGUGAUGCUGGCAAUAGAUGACUGCAGUUUCAGAUGCCAUUACUGUGCAGGCUUGGAUAACUAACAUUCCAUGAUGUAGCUUGUUCUGAUGAGAUGAUUGUAGUUACACUUUGCUCAUUAUCCAGUCACCUGUGGAAUACUGAGUUUUCUAAUGUGCCAUUAUCUAUUUUUAUUCUGCAGUUACGUUAAAAAUACAGUACAAUAUUUUAAAUAGACUAAAUUGUUAAACAUAAAAAUAAAAAAAGUAGUAGAUGUGUGUAAGAAAACUUUGUAAAAUAGUUGAGUCCUACCCAGUAGCAACUUCUGGCAUUAAAGCAGGAUUCCAUUCUGUAAAUACCUGUAAUGUGUUUAUAAUAAGUUGUGUAGUCUGUUCUGCAUCCAUACUACACUAUCACUAUGGUCUCGGUGCCAUCUCUUAAUGAGACUGACAUUUCCAAAGCCUGUGUGGAGUACCCUUGAGAGUUCAGGGGAAUCCCCAUCCCACCUGCCUAUGUUCCAGACUGGGAAACAUGCAAAUUAUAUAAAUGACAUUUCAGGACUUUUAAGUAUGAAGAUAAUAGGAAUUUUAUUACUUGGCUUAUUAAAAAUGAGAGCAUUUUGGUUGCUGAUUCUACUUGUGUCUAUUACUUUGAACCUGAUCUCAUAUUUAAGGUAAUCAGUUUUAAUCAUGGUUUUUGUCAUAGUUAUGCUAAGGAAUUGAUCUCAAAGGCACAAAACAUGAAUUCUCCAGGCAAGCUCUUUUCCUUGUAGAUGGAUAGGGUUGGUCAAAGCCUCCAUGUCUCACUCUCUACGCCCUCUCAUUUUUCUUUCAUCUUCCGAUUUGUGAAAGCUUCAAUUCUUUGGUAACAGAUCCUUGCAACUGUAAAGUAGAAGUACAUAGAUGUGAGAAAUCAUGUAAUGGUUAAUGAACUUACCACGGCUGACAAAGCUCUCAUUGUAAAUCAGUCUGUACUCAGCAAAUAAAAAUUAUUAUUAGUUGUGUAAACACAAAAAUGUCCAUUGUGACCUCCAGGCUGUCACACUACUUCUGUACCUAGCAUUCUGAGUCCUUAUAUUUGCGAUGUUACACAAACUGUACUAUUUUCUUUUAUGUACAGUUUGCAUGACUAAACCAUCAGAGAAUAAAUUCUAUCUUUAAAUUACGUUUA